AUGAUUAGAUUGGACAAACCUAACGGUUUCUUCGCUGAAGAGUUGGAUUUCGCUGCUGCCGGUUUAGUUAUCUUGGUAGUAGUUACGACCUGUUUCGGUAUGGAAAAGAGUGCCUGCCUGAAUCUCGUCUUUACUGCCAUCAAUGUUGGAGUCCUUACACUGGCUGCGGUCUUCAUGCUUGUACACGCGCAGCCCGAUCUACUCUUCAUUCCACUUCCCAAAAAUGUGUCGUGGACGUCAGUUCUUCCUCUGGUUAAUCUUACUCCAUUUCUACCCUAUGGGAUAACUGGUCUGGUUGCAGGCACUGCAACUUGCUUUAACGCCUUCAUUGGUUUCGAUAUGAUGUCAAUGUGUGCUGAAGAAGCCAACGACCCAGGAAAGAGCAUUCCACGUGCCAAUGUAAUCUCAGUGUUACUUGUGACGCUGCUAUUAAGUGUGUCCACUCUUGCAUUACUUAUGUACAUUCCCUGGUACUUGCUGGAUAUUGGAGCCCCCUUUUUGGAGGCGAUGCGCAAUGGACCCGGUGAUACGACCGCUAGGAGUGUGCUCUUCUACAUUGUGGGAAUCGGUUGUCUUAUUGGUUUAUUCUCAAACCUCUUAACCAGUGCUCUUGGUGCACCUAGGAUUCUGUACGCUAUGGGCCAGGAUGGUUUGGUGUUUACAGGCUUCGCCAAAGUCACGGAACCGUUCAAGACGCCAUUGAUUGCAAGCAUCCCAGUUGCUGUGAUCAGUUCCCUCCUGACGAUGGUUUUUAGCAUAUCCAGUCUGGCGGACUUUAUGUGUCUGGGAACUCUUAUCGCUUACUCCAUGUGUUCCUUGGGUGUUCUCAUUCUGCGUUACUGUCCCGCUCCCGAGAAACUGAUUGCAGCCGUCAGGAUCCCGGAGUCGUCGGUGAACGCAAAAAUCGAUCAAGAGAAGGAAGAACUUGCAAUAAAAUAUGGUGACACCAUUGAAACAAAGGAUCAAACUUCUUCCAUGAAAUAUGACUUUCCCGGAGCAUCCAAUAUUGACAAACCAGGCUACCUGAAGGCGGGUUGGGCUAAGCUCCUUCCGUCCACGCUGGUAAAGCACAUGACGAUGAAUCGGGAACCAGGCGAGGUGUGCAAGACCAACAUAGGCUUCUUUGUGCUCUUCGUCCUCCUCCUCCAUUUCACCGUCCUCAUUGCGCCUUACACAGUGUCCUCUGGGUGGACCUACUGGCGCGUUGCCGGUGCCAUCCUCUGGCUUAUUUCUCUCCUCUGCUGUGGUAUCGUCUUUUCCAUGCACAGACAGUUCCCUGGUUCUCGACCCAACUUAUUUAGGCCACAGCACUCCGGCCUGGUGCUUUUGUCGUUUAUUGGUUUUCCACACAGUUUGUGCUGUCAGAUUUGGAUAAUUAUGCGUAUUGCGCCUCUUUUCAUCCUUUCACUUGCAUUUGCAUCCGGCUAUUGCAACUUUAUCAAUACUGACGUAGCGCAGACUAUUUACGCUGAUUCACAUAUUAUUCGCUAUGAUGUCGAAGUAACACUCGAUCUUCCUGAUGGGCCUCUUGGACUGUAUCAUUAUCCGAUUAAUUCUGACAUCUGUGGUCAUUUAUCCUUUAUAGAAGCUAAGUCGCGUAGUAUGACCAAUUUUGGCAUCGAAAUUCCCAAAGAAAAAAUAGGGAAACGCCUUAAGUUUACGGUUUCUUCCUUCUUCACGGGUGUACUCAAACCGAAACCCGCUAAAAUCCUUCAAGCCGAUAAACAGUUCGUCGAAUUUAUAACCAAUGUGGCUUAUUUCUCGACAUACCCAACCAAACGCGUUGUAACGACUGUUGUUUUGAGUCGUGGUGAGGUGCUCUACUACACCAGUGAUAUUCAGCCAGUCCAUAAAACAGCAUCCAAGAUAAAAUAUGGUCCUUUUGAAAAUGUUCCACCCUUUGACAAGCGAAUUGCCAGGUUCAAUUAUGAAAAUGGUUCACCCUUUUUGGCAGUAACUAAUCUAGAACGAUUAAUUGAAAUUUCACAUUGGGGAAAUAUUGCCGUGGAAAACAAGGUAUCCAUCAGGAAUUACGGAGCAAGACUGACUGGUCCGUUCUCGCGCUUGGACUAUCAACGCGGUGUUGGUCAACAAAUCUCUGUUGCCACUAUUAAGUCAGUUUUGCCUGCGUCUGCCAGAGAUAUCUAUUACCGCGACGAAAUUGGAAACAUCAGCACUAGCAUUGUGAAGCCUUUGUACAGCUCUGUUGAGGUGCUAGUUGCUCCUCGGUUCCCGUUAUUUGGUGGCUGGAAGACCUUCUUCAUUCUUGGUUACAAUGUUCCUGCUCAUGAAUACCUUUACAGAAAGGGAAGUAGUUUCGGUCUUAAAAUGAGUUUCAUGGAUUUCCUCUACGAAGAACUUUUGGUUGAUGAGAUAACCCUCCGCAUUGUCCUCCCUGAAACCGUCUCCAACGUCAAAGUCGAGGUGCCCUUUGAAGUUGAGAGGCUCCCUGAUGAAGUGUUGAAGACCUUUUUGGAUACCACGGGUCGAACUGUCCUUGUCAUUCACAAAAAAAAUCUCAUUGGAGCUCAUAUUCAAGACUUUACUGUGUACUACGAUUUUAAGAUGCUCAGCAUGUUGCGUGAGCCAGCAAUGCUUAUUACUGCCUUCCUCCUUCUUUUCUUUGUAAUUAUCAUCUACGUCCGUCUAGAUUUCUCCAUUUCCGAGGACAAGAUGGCAGAAUUACAACAACGAGCUCAGGCCUCUGUGGAUGAGAUCCUCAGUUUACAAAACAAACGCUCAGCAAUUUACCAAACCUACGAAGACGCCGUCAGUAAUUACAAGUCGUCUAAGGACUCGGAUCGCUUCAAGGCUGAUUAUCGGAAGGUUGAGGCAGAUUAUAAGGCAAUCUCACAGAAAAUAACCUCGAUGCAGUCGAAACUACGUGAAUUCUGGACAGAAGGGGCUGAUAAAGUUGUUGAAUUGCAAAAAUUGGAUCAGGAUUACCACAGUCUCCUGAGCAAAGGUGUCUCACUGGCUGAAAGUGUAAUAUCGGGAAAGAUCUCGAAGCCGCAGUAUCAGACUGAAGAUACGAAUCUCUCUACCAAGAAGGCUGCACUCAUUAAGAGGAUGGAGACGAUUGCCGAGUCCCUGUAG